AUGCUUCUCUUGUCUUUCCUCUCCUCUGUUGGCGUGGCUUCCGCAGCCUCCAUUGGGAACUAUGCUCGUGCCCUUGCCCUUGAGAAUAGAGCUGUGACUGUGACUUCUCAAAACCUGGCCAACUUCCAGUUCUACGCUCAGCACUCCGCCGCUGCCUACUGCAAUUAUAAUGCCAAAGCUGGUGCUAAGAUUAGUUGCGGAGGGUAUUGUCCGUCCGUGGAGGGUGAUGCUGCCACUAUUGUAGCAUCCUUCGGUGGUAGCGUAACCGGAAUUGCUGGCUACGUCUCCACCGACGCCGCGCGCAAGGAGAUCGUCAUCUCCAUCCGUGGCAGCAGCAACAUCCGCAACUGGAUCACCAACCUGGACUUUGGCCAGGACUCAUGCUCCACGCUGGUAUCUGGCUGCGGCGCUCACUCGGGCUUCCAGAAUGCCUGGUUUGAGAUUGCCACUGCUGCCAAGGCUGCCAUUGUCUCUGCGCGAACCGCCAACCCGUCCUACACCGUCGUCUCCACGGGCCACUCGCUCGGCGGCGCUGUUGCAACACUCGCCGCGGCGUACCUGCGCAAGGCCGGCAUCCCCAUGGACUUGUAUACCUAUGGAUCGCCGCGCGUGGGCGACGGUGACUUUGCGGACUUUGUGAGUAACCAAGCCGGCUCCGAGUUCCGCGUCACCCACACCGCCGACCCCGUGCCGCGUCUGCCUCCGAUCAUCUUCGGCUACCGACACACGUCCCCGGAGUACUGGCUGGCCACCGGCUCCUCCGAUACCACUACUUAUUCGGUGUCGGACAUUAAGGUGUGCGAGGGCAACGCCAACAUCAGCUGCAACGCUGGCACUCUUGGUCUCGAUAUCGCAGCCCAUCUCCACUACCUGCAGGAUAUCUCGGGCUGCAACGCCCUCGGCAUCUCGUGGAGAGGUGCCCAGAUGACGGACGAGGAACUCGAGGAGAAGCUCAACCAGUACGCCAAGCUGGAUGUGGAAUAUGUUGCCAACCAGCCCAGCUAA